CGCGCGGCCGGGCGCGGCGUGGGUACCCCAGCCGCUGGCGGCCGCCCCGCAACCCCCGGCGCGACCAUGGCGGCUGACAUCACUCCUGAAGCCAUUGGCUUCCUGUCUGCCAUUGGGGUCUUCAUUGUCCUUCUGGCUGCCCUUGUCCUCUUCGUCAACAAGAAGCUGUGCUCUGAAACCACAAGAGACCAUCCACACCUGGAACAGCGAAGAAAGACAAAGCUCUCGAGAGACAAGACUUGGGGCCAUACAGGUCCCGCUGAGAAGUGUUGAGAGUGAAAUGGUCACAGCCAUUAAGAGACCACUCUAUCGAACGCGUUUGCUCUGUUCCCUGCAAAGACCUACUCCAUAGACCUUGGUGCAGGAACCAGCAUGCUGCCUGGUUUUACUUACUGUCAACGGUGCUCAUGUACUGCGCAUGUUUUCUUUUUGUGUAUCCUAACAACAUUCUGCCCACUAUAUAAAAGAGAGACCUCCAGUUAAAUUUCUCAUCGUGCCUGUUCUGUAUUUCACGUGAGUACAGAGCUCUGGAAGAAGCAGUCUACGAGUGGACGCCAUAGACACGAGGGAGUUGGCCAUGGUGUUGGCCAUGGCAUCUCAGGAUGCUCAGCACUUCUUCCAGCCUUUGUCUUCCUGGCUAUCCCGAGUUUAUGAAGCUCUCCAGCAAGCAGGGGAUGCACUAUCUGCUUCACUGGUUCUUCUUAGCAAACACGACUCGGCCCUGAGUGACAAGCCGGAACAGGACCUGGGUGCUGUUCAGAUUCAGGAAACCUACCUUGAAGAUGGAGAGCAGGACAAUGAUGGGAGUCCUGAGGAGGCAAACUCCCAGUUUCUUGAAGAGGACCACUUCUCAUGCUCUUAUAGUGAUUUGCAGGACUCUGGGCAAACAGCAAGCCCCAGACUCGGUCAGCAAGCCGACGACUCAUGCUCUGUAAUAGCCCAGUGGCCCAAUCAGACCCCAGCUGGCCUGAAGCCCCCACGUGCGCUUUCUUCUAUUGCCGAGGAAGAACAUCACUCUGAGAGGAAGAGAUGUGGCCUUCAGCAUGGCUUUGAUGCCCAGCUCCCUGGCACUUUAGCAAAAGUUAAUGGAAAAGAGCAAGUCAACAGCUUUGGGGAUAAUGAGGAGCCGUCCACCUCUUCCGAGAGCGAUGAAGAUGUGAUCAAGCAGUUUGAGAUCUCUGUGUCCCGAUCCCAGAGUUUUCGUACAGGAGCAUCCCAGAAGGGAAAGAUGGCAGAGCUGGAACAGAAAACAAAACACAAACAUUUGCUGCCCAUCCACCAAGAAGAUAGUGCUGAAGGGUCUGCUUGUGAAGAUUGGCAUGGAACCAGCCAACUCAGUUAUUUGGAGCUUCUGUCGUAUGAAGAUCGCCCCAUCUCUACCCUCUCUCAGUCUCCCUGUGAGAGUAGGAGCACCAGGCACCAUGGCCCUUGUCAUCAAGAGACUGGUGUGGUCCGGAGCCUCAAUCGUCCUUGUGCGGAUGGCAUCCUGGAGACGGAGGCAGCUUUUAUUAGCCAAGGCUUUGAAGAUUCCUAUGCCACCCACAGCUCCUCUAUGUGGACUCCAGAGGAGCAGGAUGGGACCAAUCUGCAGGUGCCACACAGGCUUUCAGAGCCUAUCUCAAAAUGCGGUGACCUGGAUGUCAUCUUUGAAUAUAGAGCCGUAAGCCAGAAGCUCACCGUGACCGUUGUGAGAGCGCAGGGUCUUCCAGAUAAGGACCGAAGUGGUGUCCACUCCUGGCAAGUCCAUGUAGUGCUUCUACCCAGUAAGAAACAGAGGGGUAAGACAAACAUACGGAGAGGGCCCAACCCUGUCUUCAAGGAUAAGGUCACCUUCGCCAAGCUCGAGGCCAGAGAUGUGGCUGCCUGUGCUGUACGUUUCCGCCUGUAUGCUGCCCGGAAGAUGUCCCGAGAGAGAAUGAUGGGCGAGAAGCUGUUCUGUCUCAGCCACUUGCACCCAGAAGGGGAAAUGAAAGUGACUCUGGUUCUGGAGCCAAGAAGUAAUAUGAGCAGUGGAGAGUCUCCGCUCAGCCCAUCUGUGGUGUCUCACAGUGACAGUGCUUCAUCCACGCAGUCGCUGUCUCAUGGAGGGGUGCCAGAGCUAUUGGUGGGACUGUCCUACAAUGCCACAACAGGGCGAUUAUCUGUGGAAAUGAUCAAAGGCAGCCAUUUCCGCAACCUCGCUGCUAACCGAGCUCCUGAUACAUAUGGAAAACUCUUCCUCCUCAACUGUGUGGGCCAAGAGAUGUCCCGCUGCAAGACCUCCAUUCGGCGUGGCCAACCCAAUCCUGUCUAUAAAGAGACCUUCGUCUUCCAGGUGGCCCUCUUCCAGCUCUCUGACGUUACCUUAAUGAUUUCUGUUUACAGCAGGCGCACUAUGAAGCGUAAAGAGAUGAUUGGCUGGAUUGCUCUGGGCCAGAACAGCAGUGGGGAGGAGGAGCAGGAGCACUGGGAGGAAAUGAAGGAAAGCAGAGGCCAGCAGAUCUGCAGGUGGCAUACGCUGCUGGAAUCUUAAGUCUACCAAUGGGCAUUCAUGUGCU